CUAUGGUUUGACAGGUCUGGUGGGCGGGCAGUGGGUGUGCUCUCCCCAGACAGGGAAGGCUGAUAGAGCUAGGCCGCACUGAAGCCGCGGGCUGGAGUUAGCGAAGGGCCCAAGGAUGGGCUCCCUGCUGCUGGCUCUCCGGGGCCGCCGUGUCGGGUCUCCGGGGUGCUGGCGCUCAGUAUUUGGGAGCUGGAGAGUGCCUGGCCGGGGGUGGAGGGGCAGCGGAUCCUCGGAGCAGAUCCUACAGGUACCAGCAAAGGGCAAGUUUACCUGGGGCAUUAUAAAGUAUCACAGGGGGGCAGAUAGCUGGGACAUCAUGACAUGGCACAUAGGGGGGCAGAUAGCUGGGGCAUCAUGACAUGGCACAUAGGGGGGCAGAUAGCUGGGGCAUCAUGACAUGGCACAUAGGGGGCAGGUAGCUGGGGCAUCAUGACAUGGCACAUAGGGGGCAGAUAGCUGGGGCAUCAUGACAUGGCACAUAGGGGGCAGAUAGCUGGGGCAUCAUGACAUGGCACAUAGGGGCAGAUAGCUGGGACAUCAUGACAUGGCACAUAGGGGCAGAUAGCUAGGGCAUCAUGACAUGGCACAUAGGGGGCAGAUAGCUGGGGCAUCAUGAUAUGGCACAUAGGGGGCAGAUAGCUGGGGCAUCAUGAUAUGGCACAUAGGGGGCAGAUAGCUGGGGCAUCAUGAAGCAUGGCACAUAGGGGGGCAGAUAGCUGGGACAUCAUGACAUGGCACAUAGGGGGCAGAUAGCUGGGACAUCAUGACAUGGCACAUAGGGGGCAGAUAGCUGGGGCAUCAUGACAUGGCACAUAGGGGGCAGAUAGCUGGGGCAUCAUGACAUGGCACAUAGGGGCAGGUAGCUGGGAGCAUCAUGACAUAACAUAGCAGAUAGCUGGGGCAUCAUGACAUGCACAUAGUGAUAGCUGGGGCAUCAUGACGCAUGGCACAUAGGGCAGAUAGCUGGGCAUCAUGACAUGGCACAUAGGGGGCAGAUAGCUGGGGCAUCAUGACAUGGCACAUAGGGGGCAGAUAGCUGGGACAUCAUGAUAUGGCACAUAGGGGGCAGAUAGCUGGGGCAUCAUGAAGCAUGGCACAUAGGGGGGCAGAUAGCUGGGACAUCAUGACAUGGCACAUAGGGGGACAGAUAGCUGGGGCAUCAUGACAUGGCACAUAGGGGGCAGAUAGCUGGGGGUGUCAUGAAGCAUGGCACAUAGGGGGGCAGAUAGCUGGGGGCAUCAUGAAGCAUGGCACAUUGGGGGGCAGAUAGCUGGGAAGAUUAUGAAGUAUGGCACAUAUAGGAGGCAGAUAGUUGGGGCAUUCAGAAGUAUGGCACAUACGGGGCAGAAUCCUGGGGCAUGAUGAAACAUAGCACAUAGAUGGGGCAUUCUGAGGGGGGCAGAUAGCUGGGGGUGUCAUGAAGCAUGGCACAUAGGGGGGCAGAUAGCUGGGGGCAUCAUGAAGCAUGGCACAUUGGGGGGCAGAUAGCUGGGAAGAUUAUGAAGUAUGGCACAUAUAGGAGGCAGAUAGUUGGGGCAUUCAGAAGUAUGGCACAUACGGGGCAGAAUCCUGGGGCAUGAUGAAACAUAGCACAUAGAUGGGGCAUUCUGAGGGGGGCAGAUAGCUGGGGGUGUCAUGAAGCAUGGCACAUAGGGGGGCAGAUAGCUGGGGGCAUCAUGAAGCAUGGCACAUUGGGGGGCAGAUAGCUGGGAAGAUUAUGAAGUAUGGCACAUAUAGGAGGCAGAUAGUUGGGGCAUUCAGAAGUAUGGCACAUAGGGGGCAGAUACCUAGGGCAUUAUGAAACAUGACACAUAGGGGACAGAUAGCUGGUGCAUUGUGAAGCAUAGCACGUUGAGGGGAAGUUACUUUGGACAUUAUGAAGCAUGGCACAUGGGGGGCAGAUAGCUGUAGCAUUUUGAAGCAUGGCACAUGGGGGGCAGAUAGCUGUAGCAUUUUGAAGCAUGGCACACGGGGUGCAGAUAGCCAUUUUGAAGCAUGGCACAUUGGGUGCAGAUAGCUGGGGCAUUUUGAGGUAUCAUAGGAGGCAGAUAGCUGGGGCAUCAUGAAGCAUGGCACAUAGGGGCCAGAUACCUGUGAGUCAGCUAUAGAUACAGAUAGCUGUGAAUCGGGGAAAAAUGAUAAAUAGAUUGAAUUAACUCCAAAUCUAUACUUUUGCUAGCUGAUCAAAUAGCACAGUCUGUAGAUAAAAUAUUCAAGGCUAGGUUUUUUGCAUGUUAUGCCUAAUAUGUAGUUACACAGUAUAUUUGCAGGGUUAUUCAGAGUUACUUCAAUUGUGAAUUCCAAAUUUGAGUCCAAAGAAGCUGAACUGCAAGCAUUUCUGAUAAUUUUUCCAGUUUUGGUUAUUUCUACCUCGCAUUUAAAAUUAGUGCUGAAUUCUUAAUUUAGUUAAUAACCAUGUACAUGUUUUCAUUUGAAAGACAUUUAUUUUUUAUUUUUUUCAGAAUUUGCUCUUUCACAGGCUGUCCCCAACAUGUCAUGGACUACGUGGAUUAUUAAUUAAGAAACAUCUGAUUCAAGACCCAAUUCGCAUCUGGAGACUUUUAGGUUCAUGAUUUUUUUCUCUGCACAUUUUUAUUAACUAUUAAACCUGUAUCACUGUUUUCAUGCAUCAUUGUGUUUAGUUCGCUAAAAAGUAUUGUUUUUUUUCCCCGCUAUAGGUGGUAUUAAUUAUUUCAGUACUUCUGAACCCAAGAAUAAAGAAAAUAAGAAUGAAGAUGCAAAAGGGAAAACACCACCAGAGGACGAUGGUAGGAUAAAUUUGCUUUAGGAGAUGUUUUAGCUCCUUAAAAGACUUUUUACACCCUCAAAAUAACUCCAUCUAAUGAUGAAGUUCCUAAGUGCAAACUAAGCUUAAGGUGUUAGACUAUUUUCAAAUGGUUUAUCAUCAAGUUGUGUACCCGAGCUGUCAUCCACAGUGCCUCUCCUCUGCUCGGCCGCUGUACUGAUGAGGAAUUGUUGCCUUGGUCGUCAAAGAGAGGCCAGACAGUGCAUACAGGCAUUCAGUGAUCCAACUUUAUUGUGAAAUUUUAAAAUGGUUUAAUACAGUAAGGUAAGAUGGCAUCCAUGGCUUGAGGGCGUAAACUCCCUUUAACCCCUUAAGGACCAAACUUCUGGAAUAAAAGGGAAUCAGGACAUGUCACACAUGUCAUGUGUCCUUAAGGGGUUAAGGAUCUCAAUCCUGUCCCUAACGAGGCUGUGCUAAUAUGCAAAGCGUAACUUGCAGCUUGAUACAACCCUGCAUUGUAAAAUGAGUAAAACAUUCCAUUUAGAUAUAGAAUCUUUAAAAGAACACUAUAGGCACCCAGACCACUUCAUCUCAAUAAAAUGGUCUGAGUGCCAUGUACCACCCUGUUUUAGUUCUGCAAGUAAAAACAUUAAUGUUAUGUAGAACCGAAGCAUUUUCAUUGGAGGGUUUAAAUGCCUCAAUUGGCUAUCACUCAGACAGCCACUAGAGGUGCUUCCGCUGAAAUAGCAGAGUAUAACUCAAUAGACUCUUGCUUGCAGAUAAAAGGGACUACCAUGGGCACCAGGUUCGUGCCCAGUUACGCCAAUAUUUUUAUGGAUAGCUGGGAGAGGUCGUAUAUAUGAAAUAUAACUUAAUAAUCAGAUUAGCGCACCACAGGAUUUUCCCACACAUUCGCUUCAGUCUCCUUAUGCUUUUCUAUAAGAAAGUAUUGGAUUGGCUGAGAUCAUCAAUCUCAAUGUUGUCCACAAAGUAGCUUCCCCGCUGUAAGGGAGUAAAGGUAAGUGCAAUUAAUUUUUUACUCCCUGCAGGUGUGGGUUGAGGACCUAAAUGGCCACCAGGCCACUAUAGUGUUCCUUUAAAGACGGGUAUGUUAUGAUGUAUUGUUUGGUCAUUGCUCCUUUUAAGACUAAUUGAAUACUCACCUCUUGUCCAGCACCUCUCUAGCUAUUAUUUAAGAUUCACAAGUGUUACACUAAUUUAAAACCUACCCCUGACUCCAGAUAAGAUGAGUCUUCGAUGAGAAUGUUUGCUGCUGUUGUUUUCCCUUUAUUUUAUUGACUUAUUUAUUUUCCAUUUUUAGCCUUACCUUUUAGUCUGUUCCUGUCUUCCUUGUUAUACACAAUUUUGAACUGUUCUGAAAUAAUGUCUUCCUAUAUACUUUAGAGGAGAAAAAGCGCCGCGAGCGGGAGGAUCAGAUGUACCGUGAGAGACUUCGAACCCUCUUCAUCAUUGCCGUGGUGAUGAGCCUCCUUAACUCCCUGAGUACCAGUGGAGGAAACAUCUCCUGGAAUGACUUUGUAAAUGAAAUGCUGGCCAAGGGGGAGGUCCUACGUAUACAGGUUGUCCCUGAAAGUGACAUUGUGGAGAUAUUCCUGCAUCCCGGCGCUGUGGUUUUUGGCCGACCUGUGAGUUUUUGUAUUUGAUCAGUUUUCUAUAUAAUAGUUCAUAUAUACUAAGUAGACACAUGUUCAGAAUUUUACAGAUAUCCCUUUAGCUUUUUUGGGUGUUCCAUAAAAAAAAUAAAAAAAAAUUAUACAAUAAUGUAUAGAUUCUAGAAAUCUCUUCAAGGUCUCUAGAUCUCGUGUUUGUUUAUGUUUCAUUAAUGUAACUGUUUCUUUUUCCCAACAACAGCGCUUAGCUCUCAUGUAUAGGAUGCAGGUAGCCAACAUAGACAAAUUUGAGGAAAAGCUACGAGCAGCUGAGGACGAGCUGAAGAUUGACAUAAAGGAUCGUAUUCCUGUCUCUUACAAGCGCACUGGCUUUUUUGGAAAGUACGUGAAGCCCUUCCUCACUGACCUGAGGAUCCUUGGAGGAGGUUCUUUUUCUUAUAACUGCAUUCAUAGCCCAUGCUGGUGGGCCACUAAAGGCUACAUAUUGAUUGAUAAAAGAAUCACACCUAAACCAUACCGGAAUUAGUUUGACACCUACUUUGUUAAUCAGCAUUAUUAGUAGUGGAGGCUGGGAGCGGGUUCCAACAGAUCCCAGGCAAGAAGUAAAACUAUUCAAAAACUUUUUGACCCUUUACGUGUGAGUGAGUGAGGGUCACUACUGGUUCCAUACCCACUGCAGGAAGAUUUAGUGGCUGUGGUACUUGGUGUCUUCCUUUAAAAUCAGUCUUAAAAGAACCCUAUAGGGCCAGGAACACAAACAUGUAUUCCUGACCCUUUAUUGUUUAAUCCACAAUUUAGGAUGCUUGCCCCCUCCCCUUAACCCUCUUAGAAAAGGUGAAAACUCACUUUAUUUCCAGCGCUGCGCAAAUCUGCUGACAUUGCCCCCACCCCUGAUCCACCUCCUGGGUGACAUCAUCGGAAUUGGAGAUUUUUUGCAGAUCCAAUGCUUUCCCAUGGCUGAAAUUGGCAAGGAGGCAGGGCCAAUCAGCACCUCCUCAUAGAGAUGCAUUGAAUCAAUGCAUCUCUAUGAGGAAAAUUCAGCGCUGCCCCAUGAAGCACCUCCAGUGGCCAUCUGAGGAGUGGCUACGUGGUGGUGUCCCUAGGGGGCAAUGCAAAUUUUUCUGAAAAGGCAGUGUUUGCAUGAAAAUGCCAGAAGGCAAUGAUUAUACUCACCAGAACAACAAGUUGCAGUCGUUGUGGUGACUAUAGUUUCCUUUUAAGAUGUAGUUGUUCUGGUGACUGUAGUGUCCCUUUAAUAUGAAUUCAGACAAUCAUUACUCUGCUUAUUGGAAAUCUAAAAUGUGAACAUUCCACACUCAAAAACUUUAACUUAAUACACUCCAUAAUGAAAAUUUUUGUUGAAUUUACCAUAAAUGCAGAGUCUUUCUCCGUCAGGUGCUAGAAAAGGGAUGUUUUAAUAUGGCAUAAUGUGGUAAUCUGUUUUCUCUCUCUCUUUUGUUUAUUUCUCUUCCCUCUCUUCCCUAUUCCUACAUGAUCAUUCGCCUGUCUACAGUGCCCUGUAUGCAUUGGGCAUGGCGGCAGUGGGUGUAGCCAUCUUGUGGUACAUAUUCCGUCUGGCUGGUAUGGGUGGACGAGAAGGAGGCUUUGGCGCUUUUGUGAGUUGAGUUUCAGAAGAGUGUUCUUGGGCAUAAGACUCAAAUCCUUGUUGAGGAUUUAGAAUGGCUCCAUCUACAUUUGCAGCUCCCGUAAAAAGCAAUUACAUUUGACACACAAACACAUUAUUGCUACAUAUUGUGAUUCCACGCAUACCAUAGAAGUCAUACUCAUUUCUUCCCGUUUAAUGACAGACAAUAAACAGACAAAUCUUAUAUAUUGAUGGUUCUGACACAUCAUGUGUCCUCAAAGGAUUUAAGCCUAUUGCUGUUUGAACACAGUUGAUGUAUUAAAAGCUUGUGAAUAUUUUAGACCAUCCUAUUUGCCAAUUUGUGAAUUUUUCACAUUCUGUUUUUUUUUUUUUUUUAUCUUCAAUAUUUCGCAAUCUAUGCAAUUAUGAAUAAUUUCAAGGAUGCUCUUAUAUUUUUUGAUCCUUAAUUACUAUUGGUUGAUUUAUAAUUUAGAUUAUCUGUGCCAGUACAGAAAUUUUCAAUUUCUCCCUUACUAGCAAGACCUUCAAAAUUAUUCGCCACUGCAAGCCAAUGGGACACAUGGCACAUUGAUCAGCUCUAAACUCCUACUCACCAGGAGAAAGUUUCACUCACCACUGGUGGUCAGUGGACAUUUUGAGACCUGUCAGUAUGAAUGUAGUGUAUUCUAUGUUGUCCCAAUGAAACUGUUUGAGAAAAAAAAGUAGUAAUGGCAAGCUGUGAUAAAUACAUAAUUGCAAUGAUGAAAAGAAUUUGGUUGCUUGCUCCUCCACCACUCAGAUGGUUAAUCUAUGUAUUAUCUAUCAGUGAUGAGAUACACUCGAGUCCAGUUAUUUAACCUGUUCUGCUCUCUUGGGCUCUUAGAACCAGCUGAAGAUGGCUCGUUUCACCAUCGUUGAUGGGAAGUCUGGCAAGGGGAUCAGUUUUAAGGAUGUUGCUGGGAUGCACGAGGCCAAGAUGGAAGUCAAAGAAUUUGUGGAUUAUUUGAAGGUAUUCAAGAGUGGCAGAGAAUUCUUGGCUAAAUAGCUCAACUAGAUCAGUAGGACCAAGGUGGACACUUCUUAUCGAACCUCCUAAUUGCUACAGUUCUCUACCACCUCCUGGUGGCAAAGAAAUAGUGUCACUGAUUUAAAAAAAAUUACAUCCAUUGACAUUUAUGCAGACAUCGCUACUCUUCAAAAGUAUUGACCCGAAUUGUUCUAAUUGUGAGCUAUAUUAUAGAUGCAAAGUCCAAAACAAAACUAAAAAUUUUUUUUAUUUUGAUAAGUUUCUUUUAAUUUAUUUGUUCUUUAUAUAUUGAAAAAUCUGUUGUUAUAUAAAAUGAGGAAGGAUUAUUGAUGGUGUAGUGUUUUUAUACACUUACAAGUGCUAUAUAGACGUGCUGUGUCCUUCUUUUGCUCUCAAUAGGCGUUUUACUAGCUGUUCAGUUUUCAUUGGUACUUGCUCGUGGAAGGAUACAGAGAGUUCUAUACAUUUAAUUUCACUCUUACUAUGUACAGGGAGUGCAGAAUUAUUAGGCAAAUGAGUAUUUUGACCACAUCAUCCUCUUUAUGCAUGUUGUCUUACUCCAAGCUGUAUAGGCUCGAAAGCCUACUACCAAUUAAGCAUAUUAGGUGAUGUGCAUCUCUGUAAUGAGAAGGGGUGUGGUCUAAUGACAUCAACACCCUAUAUCAGGUGUGCAUAAUUAUUAGGCAACUUCCUUUCCUUUGGCAAAAUGGGUCAAAAGAAGGACUUGACAGGCUCAGAAAAGUCAAAAAUAGUGAGAUAUCUUGCAGAGGGAUGCAGCACUCUUAAAAUUGCAAAGCUUCUGAAGCGUGAUCAUCGAACAAUCAAGCGUUUCAUUCAAAAUAGUCAAGAGGGUCGCAAGAAGCGUGUGGAAAAACCAAGGCGCAAAAUAACUGCCCAUGAACUGAGAAAAGUCAAGCGUGCAGCUGCCACGAUGCCACUUGCCACCAGUUUGGCCAUAUUUCAGAGCUGCAACAUCACUGGAGUGCCCAAAAGCACAAGGUGUGCAAUACUCAGAGACAUGGCCAAGGUAAGAAAGGCUGAAAGACGACCACCACUGAACAAGACACACAAGCUGAAACGUCAAGACUGGGCCAAGAAAUAUCUCAAGACUGAUUUUUCUAAGGUUUUAUGGACUGAUGAAAUGAGAGUGAGUCUUGAUGGGCCAGAUGGAUGGGCCCGUGGCUGGAUUGGUAAAGGGCAGAGAGCUCCAGUCCGACUCAGACGCCAGCAAGGUGGAGGUGGAGUACUGGUUUGGGCUGGUAUCAUCAAAGAUGAGCUUGUGGGGCCUUUUCGGGUUGAGGAUGGAGUCAAGCUCAACUCCCAGUCCUACUGCCAGUUCCUGGAAGACACCUUCUUCAAGCAGUGGUACAGGAAGAAGUCUGCAUCCUUCAAGAAAAACAUGAUUUUCAUGCAGGACAAUGCUCCAUCACACGCGUCCAAGUACUCCACAGCGUGGCUGGCAAGAAAGGGUAUAAAAGAAGGAAAUCUAAUGACAUGGCCUCCUUGUUCACCUGAUCUGAACCCCAUUGAGAACCUGUGGUCCAUCAUCAAAUGUGAGAUUUACAAGGAGGGAAAACAGUACACCUCUCUGAACAGUGUCUGGGAGGCUGUGGUUGCUGCUGCACGCAAUGUUGAUGGUGAACAGAUCAAAACACUGACAGAAUCCAUGGAUGGCAGGCUUUUGAGUGUCCUUGCAAAGAAAGGUGGCUAUAUUGGUCACUGAUUUGUUUUUGUUUUGUUUUUGAAUGUCAGAAAUGUAUAUUUGUGAAUGUUGAGAUGUUAUAUUGGUUUCACUGGUAAUAAUAAAUAAUUGAAAUGGGUAUAUAUUUGUUUUUUGUUAAGUUGCCUAAUAAUUAUGCACAGUAAUAGUCACCUGCACACACAGAUAUCCCCCUAACAUAGCUAUAACUAAAAACAAACUAAAAACUACUUCCAAAAAUAUUCAGCUUUGAUAUUAAUGAGUUUUUUGGGUUCAUUGAGAACAUGGUUGUUGUUCAAUAAUAAAAUUAAUCCUCAAAAAUACAACUUGCCUAAUAAUUCUGCACUCCCUGUAUGCUCUGUAGCUGUUUUACUAGUUUAUGUUGGCAGUUGUCUGCAAAAAGAUAAAGAGUGCUAUACACUUAAGUAUGUUUUACCCAGAUAAUACUAGUGUUUUCUGUUUCAGAACCCAGAACGCUACUUACAGCUUGGGGCCAAAGUACCAAAAGGAGCUCUGCUUCUUGGACCCCCAGGCUGUGGAAAGACCCUGCUAGCCAAGGCCGUAGCUACAGAAGCUCAAGUGCCCUUCCUGGCAAUGGCUGGUUCAGAGUUUGUGGAGGUGAUAGGAGGUAAGGGGGGUGCUAUUCUGGUUAUAUCACUCAACCGUGAAUUGUUCACUAAAGAGUGAAUUGAAAACUGAGCUGCUAAAAUACCAGACUGUGACUAUAGCAGAGUUGGACCAUUGUUCCAAAUUUUGCAAUAUGGUUUUUAAAUCGGCUAUUUUGGUCUAAAAGCACUAUUUAUCAUAUAAUAUUCAGUAAAAUACUUCAUCUAAGCAUACAGACCAAAGUAACAGACUUGCAGAAGCUUUCCCAUAUUGUUACUGUUGGCUAAAAAUGUGCAGUAGCCUUGUCUGUAUAAUCAUUCCCUUCAGGCUUUUUGCAGCAAUUCAGAGAAAAUGUACCGUUUAUAUUACAGCCUAGGGAUACCUCCACUGGCUACUCCUCAGAUGGAUACUAGAGGUGCUUCAUGGGGCAGUGGUGCACCUUCUGCAUGGAGACACUGAACUUUUCUCAUAGAGAUGCAUUGAUUCAAAGAUGCUGAUUGGCCAGGACUGUGUUUGACUUGUGCUGGCUCUUUCUCUGAUCUGCCUGUUUGACAGUCUCAGCCAAUCCUAUAGGGAAGCAUUGUGAUUGGCACAGAGAAUCACUUCUGAUGAUGUCAGCCAAGCAGGCAGAUCGGGGCAGAGCCAGCAGCUGCAGACUUUAAUACAAGUAGGAUUUUACUAUAUUUAGAGGGGCAAGGUGGCUCCAGGGAGGCUAGAUGGUGGUUUUAACACUAUGGGGUCAGGAAUAUGUAUUUGACUAUACACAGAGUUAAUGGGGGCUCACUUUUGUAUUAUUAGGUCUUGGAGCUGCCCGAGUGCGCAGCCUCUUCAAGGAAGCACGCACCCGAGCCCCUUGUAUCGUCUAUAUUGAUGAGAUUGACGCUGUAGGGAAGAAACGCUCUACCAACAUGUCUGCGGUUUCCAAUACAGAAGAGGAGCAGACGCUGAAUCAGCUGCUGGUGGAGAUGGAUGGUAAGGUACUCCCCCAAGUUGUUUUAUAAUAGGCAUCGACUAGGUCUGUGCUGCUGUAAAGGCAUGUCUUUAAUCAUCUUCAUCAACCAUAAAUCUCGAGCCAAAAUCUCCAUCAGUGCUAGUUUUACUUCUCUCCUUAUUUCAAGAGAAUAGGCUUAUUCUUAAAUCCCAGAUAGUUUUCUGCUCUUCAAAGAUUGGUUUGAUACAUUUUAAAGCUGUAUGAAUUAUAUUUUUGUGUUGUCUGUUUUGCUUAGAACAUACUUCUCAGCAUGCCGUUAACCUCCUCCGAUUAGUUGCUUAUUUUCCAUUUAAAAGAAAAUCUUUUUACAUCUUUGGAACUUGUUUUUGUGACAGUUUACAAGGUAGGAGGAAACUGAAAUGUGUGUCACACAGUUGCUUGUAUUUAAAGGAACAGCACGCACACACAAACAGUGUGAGUUUUACAUUUUGCAAGGCUACUUUGGAAGUGGUUUAAGCAGUAAGUAUUGCAGUUAGCAUGUUAAAAUCAGUGUAUGAGCCAUCAAUAUUGGGGUACUGUGACGUGGUGGUGGGCUUAGGAUGAUAAGCCAUAUGGUGGAGCUGUAUCCCCAUAUUUGUCUGCUAAGAUGAUAUAAGGUGAUUUUAAGUAGCCUUGUAAAAUGUAAAACUGUAUUUAAAAAAAAAUUAUAAUAAUUUUGUGCACUGUUCCGUCUUUAUUUUGUAUAUAUUUUUAUGUUCACUUAGAAAUGCAUGUUCCGGGUGUGCUCCUAAUCUCCACCCAUUUCUUUUUUUGUAUCAGUAAAGGAAAACUCCAAGCACCACAACCACCACUAUGGUGCCAGGAGUGCAUGCACCCCACUGUUUUACAAUAGUUUGACCUCAUACCUGGUGUCUGUAUUGCGCUUCUCCCCAUGUCUUCCCUUUAGCUCCUGUAAGGAGCUUCCAUUAGCUUUCCUGUGCAAGGCCCUGUAAUGCAGGGCUAGCUCUUUGGCUGAUCUCUCUGAAGCUCUGUAUGUGUGUGGAGUGUUCCUUUAAUAGCAUUAGUGAUAUCAUCUUCUUGUAACCAUCCCUAAUCAGUCUUCAUAUUUUUAUACAGGGAUGGGUACCACUGACCAUGUUAUAGUGCUGGCGUCCACUAACCGAGCAGAUAUUCUGGAUAAUGCGUUGAUGAGGCCUGGGAGACUGGACAGACAUAUAUUUAUUGAUCUCCCCACCCUACAGGUGAGAUCACAGAACACCAUGACAUGUGCACGGCACCCUCGUGGUCUCCAUGCUGACCUCUGAUUUGUGUGCAGGAGAGGAGAGAGAUCUAUGAGCAGCACCUGAAGAGCUUGAAGCUAACACAGCCUGGGUCCUUCUACUCUCAGCGUCUCGCUGAACUCACACCGGGAUUUAGUGGUAAGGAGUAGUUUUGUUUUUUUUUCUUCUUCUUCAAGAGAGAACUGGAGUAAACUUGUUUAUAUUGUUUAAAUAAUGUAUUUCUUCUUAAGUAAAGUUUAUCAGAACUCAAGUGUUGUGUUUUGUUGUUUUUUCCCUCUCUCAUUGAGAAAGUUUGUAGGAACUAUUCAGGGAACAAAAUUGUUUGACUCUAGGUGGUGGUGGAUGGUCACUUUAAAGGGACACUCCAGGCACCCAGACCACUUCUGCCCAUUGGAGUGGUCUGGGUGCCAACCCAUAACGCUGCAAGUGUAAUUAUUGCAGUUUUUAUAAACUUCAAUAAUUACCUUGCAGGGUUAAGUCCUCCUCUAGUGGCUGUCUAUCAGACAGCCACUAGAGGGACUUCCCUGUUCUUAGAACACGAAAAGUGUUUUAAACGACGCUGGACGUCCUCACGCUAUGCAUGAGGACCACCAGCGUUGCCGAAAUCCCCUAAGUCUAAUGCACAUUAGGUCUCCCCCUCCGGCUGACAUCGGCAGGGGAGGCGUGUCAGCUAUGGAUUCAGGUAAGUAGAUGAAGGGGUUUUAACCCCUUCAGCAACAUGGGAGGUGGGAGGGAGAAGGGCACUGAAGGGUCCUGCAGUGCCAAGAAAACAGAUAUCUAAACAUUAAGAUAAGAUUUAAACACAGUAUAAACGUGGCAAACUCGAAUAUUCAACUGUCAUAAUGCAAUAAUCUUACUAACUUCGUCCAUGUGCAGCAUAGUGGCAUGGGGGUGAUGCCAUAACUAUCACAUCUAAGCAUGUAUACAGCACACCAUAACCAGACUGUAAUGCCAGCAUGUAACUGUCUCAUGAACCUAUUAUACUAAAAAAUGUGCAACGCCUAGCAAUACCCUACUUGUUAAAUAAGCCAAGCAGCUCAAUGCCGUUGGGGUACCUGGAGCCAGUUUGUAAUUAUUAUCUGCACUGCAAAAAGAUAAGAUUUAACCCCUUAAGGACCAAACUUCUGAAAUAAAAGGGAAUCAUGACAUGUCACACAUGUCAUGUGUCCUUAAAGGGUUAAACACUAUUGCCAUUGUAAAAAGUUCAACUGUAACCUCAUUCCUGUUCUGUAUUUAGUUUCUAGAAUCCUCAUGUUUCUGUGUUGUUUUGUGAACAUGAUCUCCAGCUUGCAUUGUUUGUGUAAAGAUUUCAAAUUAAAACUUAAUUAAUGCAUAGAAGAAAAAUGUACUAACUAAAUGUAAAACUAAGCCUUACAUAAAGAACACGUGAGCAAAAUACACAAAGACCAUGGAAGUGACCGUUUCCUUUAAUACAUAAUAUCAUAUCCUGGUCGUAAGUAUAACUAGCUGUCAACCAUAAGUUUAUGUUCCUUCAUAUAGAUGUAUGCAGCCACUAACUUUACUUGCCAAAUGAAACACCUUUAAACCCCUCUCUCUCUUUCUCUCUCUCUCUCUCUCUUUCUCUCUCUUUCUCUCCCUUUCUCUCUCGCUCUCUCUCUCUCAGGAGCAGAUAUCGCCAACAUAUGCAACGAAGCAGCUCUGCAUGCUGCCCGGGAGGGGCACCAGUCAGUAGAUACCUCUAGUUUUGAAUAUGCUGUAGAGCGAGUGAUUGCAGGUUAUUAAAAAUUUAUGUUUCAGUGUAUUAAAAAACAAGAGUUCCGAAAUUUGUUCAAUUUCAUUUUUUUUUUUUUUACAUGCAAAGAUAUGUUAUUACUUGUAAUGUAUAGUAUAGUAAACAUCAUACAAACUCCAGUAAAUAGUGAUCAUAAAUCCAAUGGAAGAAAAAUAUCAGCUUUCACUGGUCCUGUAUCUGUAGGUUUAUCACGUUGCAUGCAACACAGUAAAGAAAAUGUAUUGAUAACCUCCAUGAGUACAUUUUUUUUUAUUGUUUAUAUUUUUAGUUUAGUCAUCUUCAAAGCUCGUCCACUUGUUUCAGCUCUUCCACUUGUUUAUAGUUAAUAAUACAAUUAUGCAUUUAUUGGAGGAGAUAAAAUCUUUGAUGUGCUUUUUAAGGACCUGGUCAAAGCAGAAUUUGUGCCAACAUGGAAUGAUUUAGCAUCAGCAGCUCUCUGGAUUCCUGGUGUUUCUGAAUGAACUCGACAUUCUGAGCCAGAAUUUUUACAGAACCUUUAAAGUCCUUUAGACAUUUACCUGUGUAUUCACCGUGUAAUGGUUCCGUGUUCUUUUCAUACAGGGACAGCCAAGAAGAGUAAGAUCAUGUCCAAGGAGGAGAGGUGUGUGGUUGCCUUCCACGAGUCCGGUCAUGCCUUGGUCGGGUGGCUGCUUGAGCACACAGAGGCUGUGAUGAAGGUACAGCGGCCUAUUUAUGGUUAAAUAUAUAUACCGAGCCAUGGCAAAAUAUCCCUAUCGUUUAUAGUGUUCUUUUAUUAUAUAACUAAUUAAAGUGAGCUUGUCUCCACUGGAACCAAUCCAAACUCCAACUAAGGCCUCAAUUUAAUAAGCUUUCCAAAUGAUCCAAUACUGUUAGAAGAACUAUCCAAAUGAUUUUUAUAUAGACGUCACGUUUUUCUAACAGCCUUGAACCAUUUGGAAAGCUUAUUAAAUGGAGGCCUGAGUUAAUUAUCUUGUUUGUACACGUUUAAUGGCUGGUUUAUUUUAAUGUGAAACGAAAAAAAAAAAAGAACCUUUUCUUUCUUAUAAAAGGCAUUUACGAAUAUAUCUGCAUAACUGCUUUUUUAAUUUAAAUAAUAAUUUCUUUAAAGGAACCCUUCCGUCACCAUAACCAGGGGUUCCCUGGCGCCCCCAGUAUAAGUAGAAUGUUUUGAAAUUUUACCUGGGGUAUGCCGAUCGCUGCUUCCCGUCUCCGAUACUUCAGACGGGUGGUACAAGACAUUUGCCUCGAUUUCUUUUUUUAUUUUUUAUUUAUUUAUUUUUUUUUUUAAAUUCUUUAUUUUGGUAGUGCAUAGGCAUAUAACAGAUGCAUGUGAGGUACCCCAAAGGCAUUCCUCUAGCACAAUACGAACAGUGGAACAUAGGGGUACAAGGGAGAUCAAGCACAUUUUUUAUAUAUAAGGGUAGAAACAGUAUAGCUUUACUUUGUUUAGGCAUUUGCAUAACGAUUGCAUAACAUAACUUUCUGGGCAUGUGAUUGUUUUGCAGUGGCAAGAGAUGGUCAAGCUAUGAGUAAGUUACUACAUGCGUUAAGGAAAGGCUGAGUGAGUCAAAAGAUUGGUUAUUGCUAGUGGCAGCAGCAGGAGAUAUGGUGGUAAGAUAUGCUGUGACAUGGCUGACCUAAGUUAGUAACGUGUCGGGUUGGACACCAUCAUGGCAGGCUGGUAUGUCUACCUAUACGUGGGUGUUUAGCUUAUGAGUAACUAGAACCUUCCUAGCCAUUAAGGCUAUAGAUUAGUGGUCCCACGGAUAAGUGUGCUGGACCAACUCUGGUGGCAGGGUAUCGAGAUUAUACUCGGAGAGGCUUGGUAGGUGAUUGCUGCGUCCCAAGUGGCAUUCCCCCCGUGGUCCCUAGCGUUGACAGGGCCAUGUGCCAUGCCGGGUUGCUGUAUGCAAGUGCCCAGCACCAAUGGGACAUUGGGCUUAGUGUUUAGUUGGCGGCAGUGGCGCUGGCUUUACAUUAAGUGUGUAGGUGCCGUUGUGGGGCAUACAUGGAGCAAAAGAAAGUUGAAUAACAUAGUAAAUGCAACUCGUAAAAAAAAAAAAGAAGGUACAUAUUUACACUCUUGUCAUAAAUAGAGUCCUCCACUGUCUGCGGUUAGGUAUGUCUGCUGUGUCGGUCAAGUCCCCUAGCCAACUCCAGCUCUCAGGGCGUGCAGUCUGGUUGCAGGGAUCUUCUUGGUGUUAUAGAGUGUCCAGCCUCUUCGUUCGAUGCAUGGGGUCUCUGCGUUGAUAUAGGCAUGGCCCCAUUCCGGUGGGGUGGACCUGCCAACGUGAAAGAGUCUGCGUGAGGUGAUGUGUCGCCGGCUGUGGUGUCGCCUCCGAGGUAUGCCAGGGCCUACCUCCGAGUGUUGUCGGUAGGGGUGUUGCGGUGUGGUCUGCCUGGGGCCCUUCGGCCCUGUCCGGUCCCCGUUUAGCGCAGUGUGUCGCUGCAGCGGGACCGCCUUUUCAUGCCUCCCAGGUAUGUUAAGUUUUGCCGGGCCCUUGUAUGAGCGGGUCGCCGCCAUAGGUAUUGGUAGUCGCUUGUGUUUACGGGCUUUUCGGUUUUGCCAUCCGCAGGCUUUGUUGGCGCGAGGCGGUGUGCACGUUUGUUGGGGGAUCACCGGCAGGACUGUGACAGGGUGGUAUGCCUUGGCCUGUUGCUCCCUGGAGGCUAUUGUCCUCCAGAACCUGGCGAACAGCUCAUCCAGCCUGGUCUCAAGGUCAAGUUUCUUUGUGCCUCGGGCACACGUGGCGGCGGCCAUUUCGGUCUCCAUCUUGUCACUAGCGGUUUGCUGGUUGGGGAUGCGAUUUAGGCUGCUGCCAUCUUCUGCAUUCCGUGUAAGCUUGUGGUACUCGAUUGUGUGGACCGGGAUAACCCCCGCCGGUCCCGAGGGGGGGGGAGAAGCCCGAUGCUUCGGGUGCUGCCUUGUUAGGUGAGCCGGGAGAGCGGCCGUCUCUUCCCUGCUCUGCAUGUUGUAGGCCCCAAGCCUCCGGUCUGGAUUCCCAGCGGGCUUUUGCACGUGUGAGGUGUCCCCCGGUACCCCUGCCUCCAUGUAGCAAGGUGGGGUAAGUUGGGGUUCUGAGAUAGGCUGUAUUCCCACUGUUUUCUGCCAAAAAUCAGAUUCAGGCCUGGGAGCUCACAGAAAGCGUGUCUGUUCAGCUCCCCGGUCAGGCCCCGCCCCCUAUUUUUUUUUUUUACAAACAUUCCCGUACACUUUAAUGAUUAUUUCUGUAGAUAGAUCACCUGGAAACCUUUCUAACAUUACUGGAUUGUUUGAAAAGCAUAUCAAAUUGCUGCAUUAUUUCAUUGGCUGAGAGCAAUCAGCUGACACUGUCAAACAAUGAGCUAUCUCUGCACUGCAAGGCUUGGCUCAGGAGAUCUAACGGAACCUCCUGUUUAGGAGCUUCUCCGUUAGAAGCAGUGGAGGCUGGGAGCUGCCCCUGGCAAACCCCAAGUCAAGCUGUUCUAAGACGGUUUGAUUUAUUCACACUGGGGAGUCACCAGGGCACUCUUAGCACCAUAACCACUGCAGACUUGAUAAAGGCCCUUAGGGGCCAUUUGAUUUGUCCCUUCAAUAAAGGAAUUCUUGUUUUGCAUAAGGUUUGUUCUGAGAGACUUUUCUUUCCCUUUAGAGUUGAUGGUGCUUGGAGUGUUCCUUAAUAAUUUCUUACCACUACAGUUAGUGAUUUAUUAAGAGCAUGUUUAGUAUAUUAAUCCACUGUAGUACCGGGUGAAGGCCUUUUUGAACAUUACAGGUAUCCAUAGCACCGAGGACUAAUGCUGCUCUUGGAUUUGCACAAAUUCUACCAAGAGAGCAGUUUCUUUUCACCAAGGAGCAGCUGUUGGAGAGAAUGUGCAUGGCACUGGGAGGCCGUGCUUCAGAGGCUAUUACCUUCAACAAAGUCACCACGGGUAAGAAACUGGAAGUAAACCUACAGGACAAUAGAGAUUGCUCUGUAUUGUACUAAUAUAUGUUGGAUCCAGCUUUUAAUAGCUUUGUGGGGUUUACCGAUGCCUAGAGUCCGGUAUCAUGAUCAAUAAACAUAAAAGACGAACACCACGUAGGAUCAACAUCUAACGUUCUGACAAAUGAGUAGCUUCUAGGGUCAGUUGUAAUGCAGAACAUGAGCAAUCACUGUGUAUGGUUAGGCACUGAAUUAAGAGAUAACAGAUGUCUGUGAGAUGACCACCUUUUCAUACUAGAUGCUGCAGAGAAGCAGUGAGAUGGAUUGUAACUUCCCAUAACAUAGUGCAGAUUUUAUUAACCUAAAGAGACUUAAGAACAUCUAGUGAUGAUUGAUAUUCCUUCUAGAGGGUCAUUUGAUACCUUUGCUCUUGCCCUUGAUAUGUAGGAGCUCAGGAUGACCUGAGGAAGGUGACACGGGUCGCAUAUUCCAUGGUGAAGCAAUAUGGCAUGGUGCCUAGUAUUGGUCAAGUGUCUUUUCCUGAUGAGUCCACAUCUGGCAUCGGGAGACGACCCUUCAGCCAAGGGUUGCAGGAAAUGAUGGACCGGGUAAGUGUAAGCAAUUUCUUCUGAAAGUUGGGGACACGACUUUUGUUGGUAACUGACGGCUUUCUGUAUGCUUCACAGCAAGAUCUUUCCCUUUUACUAAUGUAAAGGGUUUAAUGGAACGGUACAAUACUUAUUUAGUUUCAAGGAUUGCUCAGUUCAUGAAAACAACCUUGGUUGUCAUUGAACAUCAGGACAAGUAUUGUACAGGUCAGUCCGAGGUCUUUGAUAAUGAUAAGCAACCAACACACUAGUACUGCAUAUAGACAGCUUCAGCUAAAGAAAUUAUACAGAGCUAUAUACUAUGCUUUAAAUAGAUAAUUGUAAAAAUCAUUUUUAUCCACUAUAUAUUACAUAAUACACUAUUAGUUCUCUCCUUUUGUCUUUACAUAUAUUUCCAAGGUCAUCCUAGGUGCUACACCAACACUCCUGUUUUUUUCCAUGAUCGACUUAAUGUAACAGUAGGUGAAAAGUGAAUUAGUGACUGGUGUUCUGUCUGACGUUUUAAAAAAAUUGUUCUCUGGCGCUUUAAUUCUAAGUUCCUUCUCCAAGGGAACUGAAAUUCCUGCCAUCGUGGGUUAUAGACAAACCAGGAACUUUAUAUUAACACACAUAUAUUUAAAAUGAAGCUUGGGUUGUGUUCCACCAGGACCAAAUCAUGAACUACACAUUUAUGUUCUUUUUGGACUUUACAUGGUGCUUUUCUAACCCAGAAGUUAGUCUGACUGCAGAGUAUAGUAUUAAAAAAUUAAAACAUAAUAAUGAGAGCAAGACACGUUUAAACAACAACAAAGUAUAAGCAGAUUAUAUUUUGUAUAAUGAUAUGACUGUAGAUAUGUAUUCUGUGUGAUUGCAUCCAAUAGGAUCAUUUUUAUUUCAUUUUUAGGAAGCUCAGCGGCUUGUGUCAUCCUCAUACAGGCGCACUGAAAAAUUACUAUUGGAAAACCGAGACAAGUUGCAAGCGGUGAGCAUCAAGUGUAAACAAACCGCACGUAUAUCUGUAGUGAAUAAUCUAUUUAAUUUAUAUGUAUUGGUCUUCUGCCAUUUGUACACUUUAUUUAUUAAAAAAUAUGAAUUUGUUGUUAGGCUAAUUGUGAAUUAUAAUUUUUUUUUUUUUAACUCUGUAGUUGGCCAAUGCAUUAUUGGAGAGAGAAGUUAUUAACUACGAUGACAUUGAAAAGUUAAUAGGACCUCCGCCUCAUGGACCCAAAAAGAUGAUUGCCCCCCAAAGUUGGAUUGAGGCAGAGAAAGACAAACAGGACAAUGGAGAAGAUGAGCCUCGUAGGCCCCCACGACCUAAGACAGAGGAGGAGGAGGAAGAACCAAACAUGACACCAGCCUGAAAUCAGAGCUCAACUUUAAUGGUGUAAAACCAUUAUCAAUGGACUUGCAAUCACUGAAACUAUGAAUGCUCUUCUGAUGUCUCCAUAAUGGGGGAUGUCAUCUAUGGAGUUUGACACCUCUAUCCCAAAGAUAUCCAGCUAGAUGUUAUCCACCAAUACCUGGGAGGCAACCUGGUUUUAUUGCAUUAUUUGAAAAUAUACUGUCUCGAAAAGAGCCCAAUAACAUAACUGAAGAGGUAGUGUUAUUUCUGUAAUUGUGCAUCAUCUCGAUUAUAUCCAUUUUAAAAUGGAAAAGGCACUUCCCAGGCUUUUUGAUAUUAUGUCCACUUGGCUCCUGUAUUUAUUCUCUAGUGUGAGGUGUAAAAAAUAAAAUUUAAUUAAAAAUCCACACCUCCUAAUCCUGCAACUGGGCGCCUCCAUCUUGGUUUUCUAUCAGUCAUUGUUGCCCUUUGCAUCGGGCACUCGGCAUACAGUAAAGGGGACAAAUGAAACCGUGUUUCUAUUUCUCCUCAUUUGCAUCUUAAGCCAUGGCUGUGCCUGGACUGAACUGGAUUGUGAUGUCACUUGCCUAAUCUGUAUUAUAAAUAAACAGUGCCUCAUGAAAAAUUAUAGGUUAUUUCAAUGUUUUAUUAAAUGCUGUAGUUUCCACAUAAGUGACAGUUCCCAUUAAAGGGAAGAUUAAACAAACUUUAUUCUAAAGUUGUUGUUUUUUUGCAGUCUUGUUGAUAAAUCUCUAGGAUCCUAUGGGUGCAUGGUAUUCGUGUCCUUAUUCCAUCAUAUUUCAGAUAUUUUUGCCUAUGCGCAAUGCCAUAAUAUCUAGGGACAAAGUCUACUUAAGUGUUAACCUCACCACUGACUGGAUGAGCGAUGCCUUACUACCAUUCUCUCGUAGACCUAGACAUUUUACACAUUAUUCAGAGUGUUGAGAUUUUUUUUGUCCUUGCAGAAAUUAUUUUUUUUUAAAUCCAGACUACUACCGGCAGUUAUGAAUUCUCACCAAAUGCUAGUCUGGAUUUGUUUGCAGUUAAAAUAUAAUAUAAUGUGUAUAGCAAUAACCCAUAAAAAACAUUAACAAUUAUACUUAUAUAUAAUAUUUUGGAAUUGUAUUGUUCAUAAUUUCAAGCAUAACUUUUAACUUUUUAGUUUAAGGCUUUUACUUAAAUUGCUAGAAGACAGGGUGAUGUAGUUCAUCAUUCAUCAAUGAUUUGAGAGCUACAGGUUGGCCACCCCUGAUUUACAAUAUUUAAGGUUCAGCCAGGCCUGAUGCUUUCGUACAGCUUACUUUACAGGCAUAAUUUACUAUUCACUGAAACAUACAUCCCAAUAUAGGGAUUUUUAAUAACCGGUCUGCAGAGGAUAUGCCUGCCAUACAGUAUAUAACUUAAAUAGUGACAGUAGGCCACUCACAACUAUAUGUAAAAAAAAAAAAAAAAUUAAAAAAAUUGCCUUGCAUAAUAAACUGCCCAAAUCUUUUCAGAAUUGGGGUCACCUAAAUGCUGCACUGUGAAAUCUUAUUUUAUUGCAUGUUGGAGGCCCAAACACUGACUCCACAGAAAGUCAGGCAGUUUACUAUACAAGGCUCUUUUUCCACAUUAACUUGCAAUUGUCCUACUUAACCACUAUUUAAUUUGCAUGUACUUUAUUACACUCUUUUUGUUUCUUAUGUUUCAUGGCAAUACAGCUAAUUCCCUAAAUGUAUACAUGUUGUCAUAGAGACCAAAGGAGGAAAAGGGGAAAUAUUGAAGUGUGUUUUUGAGGUGUAUUAUAAAUUUGCUAUGUUGAAUGUUUUGCGUAUUCAUAUUUUUUCAGAAUAUCGAGUCCCAAAAAUGAGUCGUGCC